AUGAGAGAUAUCUUGAGCCGUGCAGGUAUGGUGGACUGCAAGCCGUUGGCUACUCCGGUGCCUGUGACUCAACCCGUUUCUGAAUCUGUGGUUCCCUAUGCCGAUCCCACGCAGUAUCGCAGUCUUGCUGGGGCUCUGCAGUAUCUUACUGUCACUCGCCCGGAUUUAUCUUUCGCUGUGAAUCGGGUCUAUCAGCAUAUGCACUCCCCGACUACUGAGCAUUGGGCAAUGCUCAAACGUGUUCUGCGGUACGUUAAAGGCACUUUGCAUUUUGGUCUGUUUAUUCGCCCAUCCUCCUCUGUUGCAGUGCAUGCUUUUUCGGAUUCGGACUGGGCUGGGGACCCCGCUGACAGAAAGUCUACUAGCGGCUUUGCGGUUUUUCUUGGUGACAAUCUGAUCUCUUGGUCUUGCCGGAAGCAACAUACGGUUGCUCGUUCGUCUACAGAGGCCGAGUACAAGGCACUAGCUGACGUGUCUGCUGAGGUCACCUGGUUGGUUUCUCUAUUGCAUGAACUUCGGUUGCCGUUGGCAGCUCCUCCCACACUCUGGUGUGAUAAUCUGGUGGCAAAGAAAGAGUUGCAGGUUAGCUUCAUUUCUACUAAGGAUCAGCUGGCUGACGUGUUCACUAAAGCUCUCCCUGGUCCGCGUUUCUCUACUUUGUGUGGCAAGCUCAAUGUUGCAAUACGGGUCAUCUUCCGGGCUCCAGCAUCGCCCCGAACCUUUCCUAGAAGCCAUACAAACAACCUAGGGUUUAGGGUUUUUGAGAGCCUGUUUAUCUCUACGUUUCUAGGCAAAGAAGAAGUGGAAUGCUACCAUUUCAAGUCUCAACACUCUCUUGAUAAGGAACAACCCAAUUCUAGGAAUUUCCACGUUUUUGAAUGA